AUGGCGAUUGUAAGUUUUUUGAAUUGGUUUUACCUUUGUAUUGUUUUAGAAGGAUUCAUUUGACAAUUUGUUGAAGAAAACGCAGAAGAUCUUCAAGAAAGGAGGUGAGUUUACUUACUAUAGGUUUUAUUGUUAGUGAAAAGUUCAAAUUAAAUAUGUAGCAGUCAAAACUGUAGUAGAAGAGUUGAAAACGCUAGGCAAUUUUUAAUUUUUUUUCGCAAAGUUGUAAUUUUAAAACUGUAAUUUUCAGAACUUUUCAUACACCCUAUUGAGUGAAGCUCCAGAAAUUUUUAGCAUCCAAUGAUGGGUGUAAAGGGUCUACAUUUUUUAUAUAUUAUUCUUAAAAUGUUCCUUUGUCAUCAAAUAUUGCCUUUACAUCCUUAAAAAUCAUUGCAAAUUUUUAUUACUUGCAACAUAAAAAGUGUAAACAUGGGAGUAAAAGCGGUUCCUCUUCUCACUUUCAGCGAGAUCUUCAGCCAGCAAAAGAUAUUUUUAUUUCCUCGGGGUUUAAAAGAUUAAACCAUUAAUUUCACUUUGAACUUUUUAUGUGUCUAGAAGAGUUUCUUCCUCAUCAUUGUUUGUAAAGUCAUCGUAUUCUUUUAUUAUUUUAAGGGAAUGAUGCUGAUCGAGCGGCCCAAUCCACUUCUAAAGCAGUGAAAAAAGCGGCCAAGGACGUUGCCAAGACCACAGAAAAAGCAGGUAAAUAAGGUGAAGUCAUGCAGAGUCAACAAUCGGAAAGUACAUUGUCAUUAGUUAGGACUUUUUCAAAAGUCAGGAAGGGCGUAUCAGUAAUGUUUUUUUUAUAUUUGACUAUCAUUAUCCUUGCAUGAGAUACGAAAAGAACUCUAUUUUUAGCCCAUGCCGUUGAGAAGGAUACCAAAAAAGUCCUCAAAAAUGUUGGUAAGUAACCAUUGCAUACAUACAUCACUUGUUUAUGCUUUCAUCCACUUUUUAUGACAUAAUUUUUUGCAAAUAGAUCCAAUAACAGGCCAAGAUCUAGAGUUACAACUUGUUCUUUUCCUCUUUGAACUUCGACUUGUUCUCCAAAGUUAAUUGAAACAUUGUGAUUGGAGCUCACGUGUGCUCUCUUAAUUAUUUACUUUGUUUUCAGAAAAGUCUCUGAAGAAGUAA